CUCUGCGAUCGCUGCGAGUCACGACAGUGAAAAAUGGUUGCUCUUAAAUCGAGCUGUCAAGCGAUUUUAGUUCGGUUUUAAUAUGAAUCGGUAGAUGUAACGGUACUAAAUUUUCUAGUAACCAUUCCAUUUAGGCAAUAAAUUACAGUGUUGAGAAUAAAACUGGCAUGAAAAUGAAGAUUCCGACUGUGACUUCAGGGAAUGGCUAUUACGGCCAUGAAAGCGACGUUAUUUCUUUUUUGGAUAGUGUCGAGGCUGAGAAUGACGUACAGGGUGGUGGAGACGGAGACUUCUCAGAAUACAUGUGGAUGGAGAAUGAGGAGGAGUUUGACAAACAGGUACUUCAGCAGCUCGAAGAGGAAGAAUUAAUGGAAGAAUGUCUAGAAGCGAUGUUAGAAGAAGAAAGGCAGCACCAGAGAAAUCAAAAUUCUGCUGCAUGGUCUACGGCCACUAGCACUUUAGAAAACAAUGGCGCCGAUCUCUGCCAACAGCUUAUCGGCCUUCGAGUUCAUGAUGACCUUGCAAAACAGAGCACAUUGAAUCCAGACGCUGCUGAGUUUGUCCCAGGUUUCAAACCUACAUCAGUUAGUGCGCCGACAGAGGUUUCUGCUAAAUCGUCGUAAAGGACUUACCUAAUAUCGAUUACAGCAGACAAAAGCCAAGAACAGGCCCCACGAGAUGCCCAGAGUUCGCCAUCUGCCACAAUCUGUCAUUUUAGCCAGAAAAUGUUAGAUGUUGCAUUAUAGCUACCGUGUCGUACAAAUGAAACGAAUGAAUGGAUAAUAAUGGACAGGAUAUGGAAGGAUAUGGUUACGUGAAACGCGAAAUUACCAACAACAACAGUUUCUGUAAUAUAUAUUAAGUAAAGAAAAAAAACAAAAAAAAAAAAAAGCGUGCUGUGUUUAUGUUUUUAUAGCAAGAAAGUAAAAAAAAAUCACAAAACUAUUUUAAAAAAGCAAAGAAAAAAUGGUUAUAAUAAUUAUAGUGCCUGAAAGUUUCUCUUUUGCUUCUUGUUUCGACUUUUAUUACUAUAAAUCUAAUCUCUUACUAGAAAGAUCUUUUUUCACACAGGCACACAUAUAAAAUAGAGAAAACAGAAAAAAUUAAACUAAUUAAGCUAAGUACAGUAAAAAAAAGAGAAAAUAAAAGUAUAAGACGAUAAAAAAAAAAAAAAAAAAAAAUAGAAUUUUAAUUCGUAUCCAGAAAACUUGAGGUUAAAUAGCUAUAUUUUAAUGGUCAUGCAUUUUACUGUGUUAUUAUUAUUAAUCUGGUUGAUUAAAAUUCGUUAUUGAUAACUUAAAUAACCAGGUUGAAUAAAAUACAAAAGAGAAAAAAAAAUCAAAAAAAAUAUGCUAGAAGGUCUAUAGAAAGGAUCUACAAAGACAUCUCGACGAUUGUUGUCGUCGGACUCUUUGAAUCCUAGUUAAUUUAAUAAUUACAACGAAUAGAAACGAGUAGAACACAAUUGGUUAAUAUGAUGAACCGAUUGCUGGCUUUUAGCCAUUUCAUCUUCCACGUCAUCCUAAAAAAUCUCUCGACAGAAAUCUUAUUGUGAUACAGGCGUAGAUGGCUGUUCUUGUUGGCUGUUCGCUUGAAUUGUUUGAUUAUAUUUCACCACUCCAAUAAUACCUAAAUUGCUGAAUGCAACAAUUUUUUCAGAGGGAUUAAAAUUCUCUCGCAAAACUUAUACGAGAAACAAGAAAAAGAGAAAAAAAAUAUAUAAUGAUACUCUACUUUAAUUCAUCGAUCAUGAGUUCAGGCAUGUAUUUUAUCUGUAGCAGAUUUUCUAGUGUUCAGGAUUGAAAAGAACAAGAGGAAUAAAAACAAUUCGAUAACGAAUUUACUAUCAAGAAAGUUUGAAAUUACCUAUUUAUAUUUGGCACAUAGGAGAUAGUUCAUAUAAUUUUACUUAUGAAUACAUUUAUUAUUAUUAUUUUUAUUAUUUUUAUCAUUAUUAUACGCAAUAUUCCUAUUUUCUAUGAGUAAUGUACUUCAUUGUCGAGCCAAUCGGUGUUAUUUUUUUUUCGCUUGAGAAUUUGUGAUUAUUUCUACUCCACAUAUUGUGAAUUUUUUUUUCUUAAUACGUCAUUAUAGCAUUUAAUAUAGCAUCAAAAAAUGAAAUAUAUUGCCAGAUGAAUGUACGUAUUAAAAUAGAGCUGAAUAAAAGAUGGAAAAAAAAAAAAAAGAUCAAAAAACAAA